GCGAUCGGUUCGCAUGCGGUUACCAACGAGCCGAUGCGACGGCGACAACCUUCUCUUUCAUGCAACGAUAACCGUACGUGUUCGUAUGUGCGUGGUUCGCGAGCGCGCAACGAGCGCAGUGCGCUCGCAGACUUCAAGGCGGGAGGUUGUUGCGAGCCGCAACGAACCAGCUAAUAUUUAUUCGUCAUGAGUGAAUGGUCAGAGCAUAAAUGCCUUUCUUUGAUAGACGCCUACAAAGAGCAUAGUAUACUUUGGAACCCGAAACACAAAGAUUAUUACAAAAAGAAUUUAAAAGAAGACGCGUGGGCUAAUAUCGGAAGUUCAUUGAACGAAAGUGGGGAGGCGUGCAAACAAAAGAUGAUCAUUUUAUUGGCUUCGUACAGAAGAGAGCGUAUGAAAAUUAAAAAAACUAAAGAAUCAGGAAAAGGAAAAGAUGAGAUGUACGAAAGUAAAUGGUAUGCAUUUAAAGCGCUGGGAUUCUUAGACGAACGUUUCACAUAUCGAAGACGACUUGAGUCUGAAGAUAACGAACAAGCUGAGGAUAACGCCAGCAGUCCAUCUACAUCACCUGAACCAUUAACUAAAAAGAUAAAAUUAGAUCCCGAAGUACAAAUGCCUUAUGAACUACACACUAUGGAGGAAUUCAGUGCAGUGAAUAUUACGACAAAUAAAUCACAACAGGAAACGGAAUUAAGGACUUUUUUCGAAUUCGUACAAGAAAAAAUGAAGAACUACACAAGGGAGACGAUUAAUUCAAUACAACAUGAAAUAUUUCAGAUUAUUAUGCGUGCUGAUCAAGGAUUUUUAUAGCUUUUAUUUCAUCAUCAUAUCCCCUACUAUUCCCCAUUAUCCUGCUCCCGGAGUGUCGCCGCACCGGGUUUUCGUCCUCUAAAUAAUUCUAUCAUCCGUAUUUAGUCCUCCUUGAUCAUGUCACCUUUCACGUAAUUCUUCCAUCUCUAUUUAUAUGUACAAAUUGAAAUAUAAUAAGGCGAUGUAAUACCUAAAUAUCCGUGUGUGGCUUAGAAUAUUGGACUGUUAAAAAUAUUGUAUAAAAGUGUUUUUUGAGAUAUGUGAGAAACGUAUUCCAGUUAUAUUUUUUGUUUCCUAGUCCUAUUUUUUAACUACUAAAAUUUAUAAGUUUUAAGUAAGCAACAAAUUCAAAGUCAGAUUUUCGGACAUACAAACAAACCGGUAUAUUGGAUUAUUGCUUGAAUUAUAAGCAAGUUCUUUAUUCCACUCUAGUAAUACUUAAGUUGCUUUAUGUCCCAAGUUCUUUUAUAAUCGAUUAUGUAAUGUUAAGUUUAAGAUAAAUUAAUAAGUUUUAAUAAUAUCUGUCUAAUUCGCUCAAAGAUUUUAGAGUAGCAAUAUGAAAAUUUGUAAAGUCGAUAUAACUUUCGCAUUCUGUGGAAGGCAUUGGGGAAGUCCAGCAGUAGGCCGACAAAGGCUGAUGAUGGUGAUGAUGAUGUUGAUGAUAAUCACGUUAAAACGGUAAUAAAGGGUCUAUUACGUAAUAGUGUGACAGUUGCGAGCAAUUCGUAAAGUUAUCGAUGAAGUUUGUAAGAUUUAUUAGUGUACUAUGUAGGCUACACACAUCUGAUACUAAUUGCCAAUUACGUUACGAAAACACGAAUCACGAUUUUUCAAGAUAACCCACGGAUGUAUGUAUCUAUUGAUUGCGGAUAUACAAAACUUGUUUGUAUAGACUACAGACGUCUGUUUGGGUUCGUCAGUAUGUGUACAUACUUAAAAUAUUUGCUUUUUUUGUGAUUUGUAACAGGUUAUUUGCAAGCAAAAAUGUUCUCCUACCUCAUGUCAUAUUUUAUUAAUACUCAAAAUUUGUCACUUUACAAUAACACGUAGGUCACUUCAUAAUAAAGUAAGGCGUAUAAGUGGCUCAGGGGUUUGAGCAUUGACUUAUAAUUUACUAGUCUUGGGUUCUAACCUCGCUAUGUAUCAAUAUAAUGUUCGAAUUUCAAAUGUACAUUGUUCUACACGGCAAAGGAAAACAUUAUGAUUCAACUUGUACAUAUCGGCGAAGAAAUUCAAAGAUAAGUGUGAAGUCAACCCGGAGUGUAUAUGUCACCCAUAACUUAGGCAAGGCUUUAGCCCGUAACUUGAUAAAAUAUGUGACAGUGAAACUUAAUUUUUAAACUUUCGCUGUACGGUUUUUUCUAUGACUUAUUAGCGACCUAAAUACAGUCUUGUAUUUAGUAAUGAAUAAUUUGGCUGGUCUUUGCAGAGAAAGUGUUCUGUGAAUCUGUCAGUUAAGCGGUCUGUUACUGUUAGUACUUCUUAACUGACAGAUAAACUAUCAUUAUGUGUGUCAGAGUAGACAAACAUAGUUAUAUGUAUUUGAUUUUUUAAAAUAAGUGUACGUCGAUAUAAAAUAUUGCAUAUUUUAUAAAGAAUUUUUCACUCAUAAUUUCUCGUAACUUUGCCAUUGUUAUUGUUAAGGUAAAAACAAGAUAUUUGUGAAGUCUGACCCCUACGCUAACUGAGGAAUUUUGCAUUGUUUUUACGUCAAUUUUCCUUAUUAUUUAUUGAAGUUAUCAGGCGUUAAUGAUUUAUGUCGGCAUAUAAUUAUCGUCAAUACAUCAUUAUUGAGGUAAAAAUAUUGCUAUGCUUUGUUUGUUAUCCAGAAAACAUAUUAAUCGUCCCAUAUUCAAUAAACAAUUGAUUAAACACUAAUUUAGAGCAAAUAUGAGCGUUUGCAUUUAAAAACCUGGAAACUACUGCACUGAUUUUAAAAAUUCUUUACCUAUUAGAAAGCUAACAUAAACUUAUAUUUAAUAUCGACGAAAGCGAAUGGAUUUGUCAAGCAAAGCUGGGAUAGAUCAGUAGUUAAGAAUUGCACAUGAUUUUUCUUAACACUGGAAAUGUCUCAGAGAUUAUUGGUAUGUGACUAAAGAGUAUUCUCAUACAAUACGGCUUCUCAAGUCCUGUUAUGUAUGAUAACAGUGAUGUAUGCAGUAUUUGACCUCGAAUGUUCGAAGUUUCGAAGAAAUCCUGAUUUCUCUCGCGCUCAGUACUUUAAAUAUUUAGAGUGAAUCAGGCUACACGUUUUAUUACAUCUCUUUGU